UGGUUGAAAUUUGAAGAGAAAAGAGGAAAUAUGAAGAGGGUAUGUAUAACCGGAGCAGGAGGGUACAUUGGCUCAUGGGUUGUGAAGCUUUUGCUUUCCAAAGGUUAUAUGGUCAAUGGAACUGUUAGAGACCCAUGUGAUGAGACAAAGAAUGGUCAUUUGAAGAAGUUGGAGAAUGCUGAAGAGAGGCUUCAUCUUUUCAAGGCAGAUUUGUUGGAUUUUGAAAGCCUUUGCGCCGCCUUUGCUGGUUGCUCUGGAGUUCUUCAUGUUGCGUCUCCUGUUCCUCUUCAUGUUGCCUCUAAUAUUCCUGGUAGUCGUGUACCUAAUCCUCAGGUUGAAAUACUAGAUCCUGCUAUAUUAGGAACACAAAACGUAUUAAACGCGUGUUUGCAGGCUAAAGUCGAAAAGGUUGUGGUUGUCUCUUCCGGAUCUGCUGUUUUAGUUAAUCCCAAGUGGCCUCCCGACAUGGAACUGGAUGAAAGUUGUUGGACAGAUAUAGAAUACGCCAAUUCAAUCCAAGAUUGGUAUGGUGUAUCCAAGACAACAGCCGAGAUGGAAGCUUUAAAUUUUGGAAAACAACAUAGCUUGACAGUAGUAACAAUUUGUCCAUCCUUAAUCAUCGGACCAAUGUUGCAGUCUACCAUUAAUGCUACUAGCUUACUACUUUUGAGCUACAUCAAAGGGGAAGGUAGAUCGGUAAUAGACACGAUGGAGAACUUAAAACGUCCAUAUACAGACGUGCGUGACUUGUCGGAGGCGAUUUUAUUGUUGUAUGAAAAUCCUGAAUCCAAUGGAAGAUAUGUAUGCUCAGCUUACUCACUUGGGACAAAGGAAGUUGUUGCAAAAAUGCAGAGCUUGUUUCCAGGCUACAAUUAUCCCACAACCUUUAUAGAUAGGCGUGAUAUACCUCCACUAAACUCGAAAAAGUUGUUGAAAUUGGGAUGGAACUACAGGCCAUUGGAAGAGACCAUAGUUGACACCAUCAAGAAUUAUGAAGAAACCGGUUUAAUGGAGAAUGGGAAACCAUUUCCAUCCAUGAUAAGGUUCUGACAUCAUUUAUAUGAUAAAAGAUUGAAGAUGAUAACUCCUUUAAAAGAGUUGUGUAUUUUCUUUUCAUUUUCAGUGUUCAUCACUUGUAUUAAAACCAGUGGGUUUCCAUGCUACGCUGAGGAAAUUCGGUCUAAUUUGAUUUGGCUUGUUUCAUAGGUUAGUUUUGUUUUGGCACGCGUUACGUUACAGGCAUUUGCUAUAUAAGCCGCCGCAUUGAGGAAACAUAUAAGUUAUAUGUUUUAUUUGAGCCAA